ACACCUCUGAGCUGGCUGCCGGUUAGAGGCUCUCAUUAGCCGUGUUUCCACAGAGAGGCUCAACAACAGGUACUCCUCAUCAUUCAUUCUUCAGCUCAUCAAAGAAGGAGAGUAUUAGCAACGGGAGAGCAGCUGAGAGGCUGCCUCUACAGGAUCAGCUAUGCUUGGAGGAAUUCACACAGAUUUGUUGGUCACAUUGACUCUACUCUUUUUAAGUCAGUCCGGGACUCUGAGCAGGGCUGAAGGUGAAUUCUCAUUGGUUACGUUACCAGAAUGGAGAGCAAAUUCAGAAUACCUUACACAGUGUUUCUACGACAGACAAAACUAUUCCAUUUGUGACUGGACAAGGAAUCAACAAAGAACAGGGGAUGUUGUUGUGAAUAUUUUAGAGAGUGGUCCACUGGAGCUGGAGGGUGAGGCAUGUCUAGAAUUUUGGUAUCUGGCUGGGUCAGAGCUCCGAGCUCAGCUAAAAAGCAGCGUUGGUGUGGUACAAAUCUGGUCCUCACCAGCCCUUACCGAAGAGGGCUGGAGACAAGUGUUUGUCCCCUUGAACGUCACGGAGCCAGGAACUCAGGUUGUAUUUGAAGCAUAUGAAGCUGUGUCCAUGGUGGGAGAGGUCACAUUUAACCAGAUAGGUGUGAGGAGAGGCUCAUGCGGAUCGCAGUGUGAAUCAAACACAGAGUUAUGGACGGAUGAGUCCACUCGCUGCCUCUGCUCUGAUGGCCAGCUCUCCUGCUCUCCCUCCCAGUGCCCUCAGGGCCAAAUCUGUGGCCCUCAAAGAAGAGACUCCAGCGGGCUUUUCACCUCUGGGAUGUGCACCAUACACAGCGACACAGACUGCAGCACUUUUGAUGGAGUGCUGUUCCGCUUCAUGGUCCCCUGCUCCUAUGUACUAGCUAAGCGCUGCUCACCAAGCGAGGCCCUGCCCAUGUUCAAUGUGAAAGUGGUCAAUGAGCAGAACGGGAACUCAUCUCUUCCGACCGUUCAACGGGUUGUUGUGAGUGUGGGGAAAUAUAGAAUUGCCCUGCUGAAGAGGAUUACAGGCAGGGUUGUGGUAAAUGGAGUCUGGAGAAGGCUUCCACUCCAGCUCCAUGAUGUCCGCAUUGAGAGCAACCCUGCUGCUGUUUCACUGACGACCAGCUUCGGUCUUCUGGUCUCGUACGACAGAGCUGGUGACAUCCACAUCUCCCUGCCAUCCAAGUACUCUGAUAAAGUCUGUGGCUUGUGUGGAAAUUUUAACCAUCUCAUAGAAGACGACUUUAGUAUGCCUGAUGGUGCAAUUGCCAGAAAUGCAACAGCUUUGGCUGAGAGUUGGCAGACGGAGCAGUCCAAGUCUUCGUGUGAAACCAUUCUGGUACCUCAUCAGUGUGACCCACUGGAGAUGGCUGAGUAUGCCAGUGAGCUGCAAUGUGGAAGCCUCGUCUCCAGCACUGGGCCUUUUGCCGUCUGCCUAUCAGUUGUGGAGUCAGAGAGCUACUUCAGGGGCUGUAUAGCCAGCAUGUGCUCUAAUCAUGGCGACCCAAUGGUGCUGUGUGAGACAUUGGAGGUCUAUGCUGAUAUCUGCCAGGAGGCUGGAGUUUCUUUACCACUUUGGAGGAACUCUUCACUCUGUCCCCUUCAGUGUGGUGAGAACAGCCACUACAAUUCUUGUGCUGAUGGCUGUCCAGAUGUGUGCUCCAGCAUGGAUAUAGCUGGCACUUGUGGAAGCUGUGAGGAGAGAUGCGAGUGUGACUCUGGCUACAAACUCAAUGGAGGAAGGUGUGUCCUGGCAGAGGACUGUGGGUGCUGGAAUAAAGGAAAACACUAUAAGAAAGGAGAAACAAUGAUGGAAGGAGAGUGUGAGAAGCAGUGCCAGUGUAUGGGUAAUAACGACAUGCAGUGCAAAGCGAUGUAUUGCUCAGACAAUGAUGUCUGUAAAGUACAAGAUGGAGUUAAAGGCUGCUUCGCUUUCCGUCCUGCCACCUGCCGCGUGUAUGGCGAUCCACACUACAUAACCUUUGAUGGGAUGGCGUAUGAUUUUCAAGGCGGGUGCAGUUACAUGCUGACAACGACAUGUGGAAGAGAGAGCUCGGUCCAGUUUUCCGUGAUUGGACACAACAUGCAUCCUCCUCUGCAAAACUUCAGCCGGUCCAAGCUCCAAGCUGUGGCCUUGCAAGUUGAGGAUCUACACCUCACCCUGAAUAUGAGUGGAGAGGUCUAUGUAAAUAACAACCCAGUUGGAAUCCCCUAUUUCGCCAAUGGCUCAUACGGCUCAGUAUUGGUGGACAUGCAGAAUGACUUUAUUAUCCUGGAGGCGACCUUUGGCCUCAAAAUUAUGAUAGAUGGGCAGUACAGACUGUUCCUUCAAGUGGAUGACCGCUACAAAUAUGAACUGUGUGGACUGUGUGGUACCUACUCCGGGUAUCAAGAUGAUGACUUCAUAACACCAGGAGGCCUCAAUGCUACAGGGCCGUUUGAGUUUGGAGACAGCUGGAGGCUGCCAGGCAGUGAUGGGUGUGUUGCUCACCCUAAUGACCCCAGGGUCUGUGAUUAUGAUGAGGAGAUCCAGGCUUACUACGAGUGUUACGCGCUACUGGGGGAUCCAUUCAAGCCCUGCCACGAAAUAAUUCACCCAAGCAUUUAUCUAAAUAGUUGUGUGUACGACUAUUGUGCCACAAGUGGUGACCAAUACACCCUCUGUGAAUCCUUGAAGUCCUAUGCUGCAGCCUGUGAGGUUGCAGGAGUGAAGCUGCCCGAUUGGCAGACAGGCACGGCCUGUGCUAACCCCACAAUCACUCCAACACCUCCACCAACUCCAACAUCUUCCUCUCCAACACCAGAUCAGACUCUUUGUCCAAUUAAUUGUGACUUUGAAAAGAAUCUGUGUGGGUGGGAUCAGCUCAUACAGGACAGUUUUGAUUGGACAAAAAUCUCAGGAUCCACCCCAUCAAAUCGAACAGGCCCAAACCAAGACCACACCACUGGAGCUGGUUUCUACUUGUAUAUUGAGGGAAAUAGUGCAACACAUGGCGACUCAGCCCGUCUGAUGAGCUCAAUGUGCGGAUACGAUGGCCCACUCUGCCUACACUUCUGGUACCACAUGCAUGGUUCAGCUACAGCUAUGGCCCUCAACAUCUAUCUCUUCAAAGACAAUACAGCCACCAAGUUAUGGUCCAAAAUGAACAACCAGGGACCAGAAUGGCAUCCAGUAAAUAUUGAAGUCACAGAGUCUGGUCCUUUCAGAAUCAUAGUGGAGGGAAUUCGAGGCUCUAAUGAUCAAUCAGAUGUGGCCAUUGAUGACAUUUCUAUCAACUUUGGCUCCUGCUCAGGUAGCCCUCCUGUCCAGGUUAAGCCUUCUGCCCCAACCGCAGAUCAACUUCCCUCACACCCGGUCUGCAGACUCAACUGUAGCUUUGACAGCAACCUUUGUAGCUGGAAUCAGAUGAUCACAGACGCUUUUGACUGGACAUGGCAAAGUGGUUCUACCCCCACCGUGAUGACCGGGCCCUCUGCUGACCACACUGGUGAUGGCCACUAUCUUUACAUCGAGGCCAGCAGUGUGACACACGGAGACACGGCUCGUCUCAUCAGUUCUGAAUGCUCUGACUCUGGUCCACAGUGUCUGCAGUUUUGGUACCACAUGUACGGCUCUGCUGAUACAAUGGGCCUCCAUAUGUACUUGCUACAAAACAAUGUUGCUGAUGCUAUUUGGUGGAAGAGAGAUGACCAUGGAAAUAUGUGGCAGCUGGCUCAGGUGGACUUCACAACAAGUGGAGCUUACAAGAUCAUCUUUGAAGGGCGUAGAGGUUCCAACGAAGAGUCUGAUGUCGCCAUAGAUGAUGUAAUGCUUUAUCAUGGACGAUGCGCUGAUCUGGGUGAUGUUCCGACAAGUUCUCCUACACCAGAUGGUUACACAACUGCCCUGGUACCAACCACAGCAGCUCCAGAGACUCCUCUGGUCAAUGUUACUGUUCAACCCAGUGUUACAGAUCAGCCACCUGUUACAACUGCAACCUCACCCCCCAUAGUGGAAGCAACAACUGACUUAGUUCAUGUUGACAAUGUUACAGAAGGUUCAGAUAAUAAACCUCUGCCACACCCAGAAUGCCAACUCAGCUGUAACUUUGAACAAGAUCUUUGUCAGUGGAGCCAACUUCUUGCUGAUGUUUUUGAUUGGACAAGGCAUAGUGGCGCCACUCCUACAAUGAUGACUGGGCCUUCCUCAGAUCACACCACAGGAGAUGGCCACUAUCUUUACAUUGAAGCCAAUGGAGUGUCACAUGGGGACACUGCUCGACUCAUCAGUUCAGAGUGUUCACAGACUGGUCCUCAGUGUCUGCAGUUUUGGUAUCAUAUGUAUGGUUCAGCCGAUACAAUGGGCCUCCACGUCUACUUGCUCCAGGAUAGACUGGCCGAUGCAGUUUGGUGGAAGAGGAAUAAUCAGGGAAAUGUUUGGCACUUGGCUCAGGUGGACUUGACGACAACAGGAGCAUUCCAGAUCAUUUUUGAGGGGCGAAGAGGGUCUAACGAUCAGUCUGAUGUGGCCAUUGAUGACAUGUCCCUUCAUUACGGCCACUGCGCAGAUCUGGUUAAACCAGUAACCCCUGCCCCAACAAGCUUUGAGUCAGCUGCAACGGAAGGUCCAUGGCAGAACCAAACAACAAGGCCACAGCUACCCAUAACAGCAAACACCACUUCACCACAAACUACAGCUAAACCCCAACAAACAACAGAAUACCCAGAAUUUGUAACUUCAGAACAACCAGGAACUGAAACAGAAAGUCCCCAAAUAACAGCAUGGACCGAUCAGCCAGUUACACCUACUAAUGAAUCCCAAACAACAGCUGGGCCAAAACCAUCAACAACAGCUCAACCACAACCACCAACAACAGUCGGACAACAGGAACUGACAACAGUUGGACCACAGGAACCGACAACAUUUGGACCACAGGAACCGACAACAGUCGGACAACAGGAACCUACAACAUUAGGGCCACAGGAACCGACAACAUUUGGACCCCAGGAACCUACAACAGCUGGUCAACAGGAACAUACAACAUUUGGACCAUGGCAACCAACAACAUUUAGACCACAGCAACCUACAACAUUAGGACCAGAGGAACCAACAACAGCUGGUCAACAGGAACCUACAACAUUUGGACCACAGGAACCUACAACAUUUGGACCACAGGAACCUACAACAUUUGAAACACAGGAACCUACAACAGCUGGUCAACAGGAACCUACAACAUUUGGACCAUGGCAACCAACAACAUUUAGACCACAGCAACCUACAACAUUAGGACCAGAGGAACCAACGACAUUAGGACCACAGCAACCGACAACAGUUGGACCACAGCAACCGACGACAUUAGGACCACAGCAACCAACAACAGUCGGACAACAGGAACCAACAACAGUUGGACCACAACAACCGACGACAUUAGGACCACAGCAACCGACGACAUUAGGACCACAGCAACCAACGACAUUAGGACCACAGCAACCAACAACAGUCGGACAACAGGAACCGACAACAGUUGGACCACAGCAACCAACAACAGUCGGACAACAGCAACCGACGACAUUAGGACCACAGCAACCAACAACAGUCGGACAACAGGAACCGACAACAGUUGGACCACAGCAACCGACAACAUUAGGACCACAGCAACCAACGACAUUAGGACCACAGCAACCAACAACAUUAGGACCACAGCAACCAACGACAUUAGGACCACAGCAACCAACAACAGUCGGACAACAGGAACCGACAACAUUAGGACCACAGCAACCAACGACAUUAGGACCACAGCAACCGACGACAUUAGGACCACAGCAACCGACGACAUUAGGACCACAGCAACUGACGACAUUAGGACCACAGCAACCAACAACAGUCGGACAACAGGAACCGACAACAGUUGGACCACAGCAACCGACGACAUUAGGACCACAGCAACCGACGACAUUAGGACCACAGCAACCAACAACAUUUAUACCACAGGAACCUACAACAUUUGGACCACAGGAACUGACAACAGUCGGACAUCAGGAACCUACAACAAUUAGACCAGAGCAACCAACCACAGCUCAACCACAACCUCCAACAACAGUUAGACCCCAGCCCCCGACCACAGCUGAGCCAUUACCUUCAACAACAGUUAGACCCAAACCCCCAAACACAACAACAGGUGGACCAAAACCUACAACAGUCACAAAACCUAAUGUCACAACAAAUAGACCAGAAUUAACCACUACCUUACCACAAUCUACAACAGCUAAACCAUCAAAUACACCUGCACUGACUCCCUCCUGCCCUGAGGACAGCCAUUACACUACUUGUGUCCCUGCGUGCAGUCCAACCUGUUCGUACUUGAAUGGCUCACCACACUGUAGUAACCAAGGUUGUGUGCCGGGAUGUGUUUGUGAUGAUGGAUUUGUGCAAAAAGGUGGAGUUUGUGUUCCUAUCCAACUAUGUGGAUGUGUGGACAUCAAUGGCACCAAACAUCAGUUCAGUGACGUGUGGUACACCGACCACUGCAGUCAGAAAUGUAAAUGCAAGAAGGUCCAUGGUGUGGGGAGGAUUGAAUGUGAAGACAAGAAUGAGUGCGAUGGAGAUGCUGUUUGUCUUCAAAAUGAAAAUGGGGAUUAUUACUGCCAGUCUACAGGCUUCAGUGAGUGCACUAUCAAGGGAGAUCCUGAGUACAGAACCUUUGAUAGAUUAAAGCAUGAGUUUGAGGGAGGGUACUCCUAUGUGCUGGUCCGGACCAAGAACUUGCCAAAUAACCUUCAGGAAGUCUACAUCGAGGGCAUCAAUAGGCACACGGACGACGAUGAUGAUGACAGCCAUCAUAAUCAUGACAGUAGCAGUGAAGAAGACAACAGCCGCAGAGUCAGGGAUGAGGCAGAGGAGGAUGAUGAUGAUGAUGAUGAUGAUGAUGAUGACGAUGAUGAUGAUGAAAGCCAUCAUAAUGAUGACAGUGAGGAAGACGAUGAACACAAUCAUUUACAAGCGCUUAGGAUCAGAGUGUACAAUCACACUGUGGAGUUCAAGAAGAAGCGAAAGCUGAUUAUGGAUGGAAGGAGAACGCACACUCCCGUCUAUAUUCCCGGUCUAAGCAUCUGGCAGCACUCCUCUCGCAUCUACCUAAGGACAGACUUUGGUCUCUCUGUGGAGUUUGAUGGAAAAAGUGAAGCAGAGAUCAUUCUACCCAACUUAUAUAAAAGGAAGGUCGGGGGUCUGUGUGGAAACUUUGACGGCAGAAAGCAGAACGACCUGAUGAAGCCAGAUGGCACCAGGGCCAGGAACGUCCAGGAGUUUGGAGAAAGCUGGAGAGUGUGAAAAUCGGACUCAUCGAAUGAUGAUACAUGGCACUUAAAAAAAUCUAUUAAAGUUUAGCACUUGUAGAAACAUGAGUGUGGUGGUGAACUAGGAAAAAAAAAAAGAUAUGUAUCACCCUGAAAUAUAAGACUCUUCUGCAUUUUCACUUCUUCUUAGUCAGCAUGUACUUUCCUAAACCUGAGCUUCCAAACCUGACUUGGCUGGAACAAGACCAGUAGCAUUUUGUGUUUUCCCUUUGAAGAAAUCUUUGCACUUUAACCAUUUACUGUAUCUUCUGUAUUGUUUAUGCCAUUGCCAUGAAGACUAUUUAUUCAGAGGAUGCUGUUCUUACAGCUGAGCAUAUACUUCAUGCCUGUCUUACAAAGCAUGGCCAUGUUGAAAUGAAAUGUUUGAUACACUGUGUUUAGACAAAGAUUGUUCAUGUUGAUUAAUGGAUAAUCUCUCAUCUGACCAUCUUACACUGUUUAAUAGAUAUUCAACAUUCAAUAAACUAGUCUCCAAAAUG